UCUGGAAACAGGGAGAGAGGAAGGGAGAAACAGAGAGGAAGUGAAAGAGUGGGACAGACAUAGACGAAGGUCUGUUAGAAAAAAAGGAACAAAAGAGCGGUAUAAAGAACUUUAAUAUGAAAAUUUUAAAGUCCUACAGAGGAGCAUGAAAAAUGAACAUUAACAUGGUCUAGAGAAGAGAAGAGAAGAGAAGAGAAGAUCCAGAAAACAAACUGAAAAGGCUGUUUGCUCUAGGAAAGACAUCUGAAAAGGAAAACCAAGUAAAGAUCCAAGUCAGGAGCUGAAGGAGCCUGGAACAGGAGCGUCACAAAGACCAGAGACUUUGAAGAUUUGAACCACAUGCUAAGGAUGCCAGUGUCACAGGGCUGUUUAUGUGUUGUCAAGUAUUUGAUGUUUGUCUUUAAUCUCAUCUUCUGGCUAGGAGGAUGUGGCCUGUUUGGAGUUGGAGUCUGGCUGUCCUUCACGCAGUCAGAGUUUUCCUCUCUUCCACUUUCAUUUCCGUCUCUCUCAGCUGCCAAUCUGCUGCUAGUUGCUGGUGGUAUUACUAUGAUAACAGGCUUUCUGGGUUGUCUUGGAGCGCUUAAGGAGCAGCGUUGUCUAUUGUUUACGUUCUUUUUGAUCCUGUUACUCCUGGUCCUGACAGAAGUGACUCUCGUUUUAGUUAUCCACAUUUUUCAUGACCAGCUGGAUUCAAAAGCACAAAAAGAUUUAAAGGAAGAUAUGAAGAUGUAUGAAUCAGAUCCUGGCCUUAAGAAUUCCUGGGACAAUGUCCAGAAAAUGUUCAAGUGCUGUGGCGUAACCAACAAAACAGACUGGUAUAACGUGCUGCAGGGAAAGCUACCCUUAUCAUGUUGCUCAGUUGGGACACAGACGUGUGUUGAAGGAUGGACUGAGCCAUGCUACCAGAAAGCAAGAAAGUGGCUGAUAAAAAACAUCACCUCUGUCCUGGUGUUUGGAGUGUGUAUUGGUGUUGUGCAGAUUUUGGCCCUGGUGUUCUCCAUGCUCAUGUAUUGUCAAAUUCUUUCGGUCGAGAAACACUUGGACUAACUGCAGAAAAGCUGUUCAACAGAUGUCACGUGACGCCUAUCAAACUCAUGAACUGAAUUUCUAAAAUCCAUAAUCCAGCCUGGAACAUUCCACUGAUUAAUUUUGGUUCAGAUUUUCAGUCAUUACAUUAUUACAUGGCAAUUACUGUUAACACCGAUUUACUUAGUUCUUCCACACCGCGCUGUACAAAGACAUCUGUUAACUGGGAUAUAUUAAUUAACCUAGUAAUGACUAUCAUUUCCUUCAUUGUAGAUACAAUUUGACAAAUAUUUAUUUAGUAUAUACUAUAUUUUUAGCCUUUGGAUGUCAUUUAUCUAAGACGUAAAAAAAAGCACAGAGGAGCACUCUUAAUGGACUUCUUCUUAUAUAGCGCUUUUCUACUGUCUUGAAGUACUCAAAGCGCUCUAUACAACACACCGCUUUCACCCAUACACACCAGCACCAACCUUUGUCAGUGCUUUAACUCAUACUCCAAUGGAUGCAUUGGAGACCAAGUGGAGGUUAGUAUCUUAGAUUAGUAAGCUUAGAGCAGCUGGUAUUCCCAGGCAGUCUCCCAUCCAAGUAUUAACCAAGCCCAACACUGCCUAGCUUCCAAGCCCAGAUGAGAUCGGGCGUGCUCAGGGUGGUAUGGCCGUAAGCACGAACUGCUGCAAGGGGCUAAAUACACAAACUGCUGGUUCAGUUUGUGUAUUUAGUCCAGCACGGUAGUAGCAGAAAAUAUAUUUGACACAUGGACCCUGGAAAAUAGAUUUUUAUUUGACGUUUAAUUCUAAAUUUCUAGCCUGUAAAAUGUAGGCAUACUGGAUAUACAUCUGCUUCACUUAUUUUACCGCAACAAUUUUCAAAUAUCCUCAUAGUCACUCAGAAUGUAACUCUUGGUAUUCCUUUAUAGCCUAUAUAUUCUAACUGAUACAGGGCAAAAUUUAAAGUACAGAUGCAGGCAAGGGUAGUACUGGUAAAAUUUAUUAGAUGUGAGGAUCACUGAUAUCCACCCUGCUUAAAGGUUACAACAUGCACAAGAAUUUGAGUAUGUUGAGACAUUAGUCUCAACAUACUCAACAAUACUCCAAUGUCUUAACAUUAGAGUAAGUUCACCUAAAAAUGAAAAACAGUAAAAAAUAAAUAUAUAAAAAAUUUCCUAUUUGACAAAAGUUUGAGUAACAAACUGAGUAAGCUUUGUGAGACUAGCAGAAAGUAAGAUAAAGUACAUGAAGACUUGAUUCAGGUGAUUCCCUGUAAGACGUGCAGCUCAGUUUCAACUCCAUCCAUCUGUUCCCUCUUGCUUGGUCGCUCCGUGUCUUUGGACUGUGGGAGGAAGCCGAAGUACCCGGAGAGAACAACCCACGCAAACAGGAGGAGAAGAUGCAAACUCCACACAGAAAGGACUUCACAUAAAACCAGUAAUUUAUCCUUUAGACAUUACAUCCCAUGUGUGGCAUAUAUCAGUGUUUUGCUUGUAAAUUGGUGUAAUUAAUUAACAAAAACAGUGAACUAUUAAAACCUCAAGAGAACAGA